AUUAAAUAUGUCUGUUUGUAUCAAGAUGGUUUCAACGAACAACACACGUGUAUCGUAGUAGAUUGUCACUAUUAGUUUCAAUUAAACAACUAAGACAAGUUAAAACAAGGUAAAAAGUCUAGGAAAAAAAAAACUAAGUUCUUCUUAGUUAUCAAUUUAGUAAAAUAUUAUAUUAAAAAAAUCAAACAUAUAGCAGUAAAAUGACUUCAUUGCCAUCUCAAUCAGUUGAACUGAGUUCUUACCGUGACCAACAUUUUAAGGGGUCAAGAGCUGAACAAGAUCGUUUAUUACGUACGUCAACAACACUUUACGUUGGUAAUUUAUCAUUUUAUACCACUGAAGAACAGAUAUAUGAAUUGUUCAGUAAAUGUGGUGAUAUAAAACGUAUAGUCAUGGGUUUAGAUAAAUAUAAAAAAACACCAUGUGGAUUUUGUUUUCUUGAGUAUUAUCUCCGUAGUGAUGCCGAAAAUUGUAUGAGAUAUGUUAAUGGUACAAGAUUAGACGACAGGAUUAUUAGAACUGAUUGGGAUGCUGGUUUCAUCGAGGGAAGACAGUAUGGACGUGGAAAAACUGGUGGUCAAGUGAGAGAUGAAUACCGAUCAGAUUUUGACAGUGGUAGAGGAGGAUAUGGUAAAAUUAUUCAACAAAAAGUGCAACCAAUUUCUGAAGGUGGAUAUGGACGUUAAUUGACGAUAAUUUGAUUAAUAAUUAACUGUGAAAGGAUUUAAAAACCGAGUAUAGUGAUGAGGAUUUGUUUUUAAAGCAUCGGGUAAUUAAUUAAGAUUGUAUUUAAAUACAUUGUAUAGAGUAAGAACGUUCAAGGAUUUUGAACAAGAUAUUGGAAAUUACAAGACAUUGGUAAUAAGUUUCUUAUUACUUGAAAAAAAA